AUUUAUCUCUGCUCCUUUGCUGACUCUGGAUGGAGGAUGGCGACGAAACCACUAACCCCUGCAGAGACCAAGGCUAAAUCCACACUCACCAAGAAGCAGAUUAAAGCCCUGGAGAAAAGCUCUUCAUCCAGCUCGGCACCAUGGAAUAAACCCACCCUCAGUGAAUUCAAGAAUAAUGCCAGCUCAUCAAUACCAUUGGAUAAACCAUCCUUCAGUGAAAUCCAGGGUUUGGAGGAAUCGUCACACACUUUUCCACUUAAGACCGGUCCCUCUACAACAAAGCCUGAUCUAAAGCCAAUGCAGACUCUGACAGAGUGCCUACAGCUUCUUCAGCAACUGGCAGAGGAGGUCAACAACAUCAGCCAGUGUGGCAGUAAGAAGACUGAACCAGAGGAGGGUACCAAAGAGCCAGGCAGCCUGGAGACCAGCAGGACACUGAUCCUCCGAUGGGCCAAGGAGCUGGAACAAAACAUGGUGAAGAAGGAAACCAAGUCGGCAGAUAAGAAGACAAGAAGAGAUGAUCCAGGAAAGAAAGCUGAAACAGAGGUGGAAAAACACAAUGAAAGGCUUCAGCAGUGGGCAAUGGAGUUGAAGAAUCUCACAGAGGCUAACGGCGUGUCUGAUGAGGAACUGAAGAAGCUGCUGUAUCCCAGAGGAGCAAAGGAGUCGAGGAUGGCUGCCAUCCUUCCACUGCUGGAGUUUGUGGCUUGGUCUCUGUUAUCAGAGGAUACUGAGGAGGCUGUAUCGAUGCGGUGGCUGCCGACCAAACAAAAGGCCUGGAAGACAGGAACUGGAAGCCCCAAAUACAUACCCCACUCAGUGUGGCAGUGGAUUCAGAGUGCUUCAGUGUCUGUCCGGUUGGACGCCAGCACCAGCCAUCCCUGGCUUUCUGUGUCCUUAGACCGCCUGCAGGUGCGGGAGGCAUCAGUGCGCCCCCCUCCUCUCUCAAACAACAGCCAGCAUUUUACUGAGUGGCCCUGCGUGCUGGGUGACACCAUCAUCACUGCAGGGAGACACUACUGGGAGGUGGAGGUGUCCCCUGAUGGUAGCUGGAGAGUAGGUGUGAUAUCAGAGUCUACUCCCAGGAAUAAAAAGCCCACCAUGUCACCCAGAAAAGGAUACUGGGUCCUGUGGAAGGGCCCCAGUAUGUGGGCCUGCACAGACGAGCCCACUAGGCUGCAGAGGGCGACUGUGCCCCGACUGAUCGGGGUGUAUGUGGAUGUUGGAGAGGGUCAAGUGUCUUUUUAUGAUGUUGAUCGGAGGGUUCACAUUUAUACUUUCUCUGAUACUUUCAAGCACAGUCUGAUCCCUAUGUUUGGCUGCCUGGACGGACGCACGGUCCUUAAAAUCAAACCAGCAUAGAGGCCAAAAAGAGUAGAUCAGACAUGUUGGUUGUAGAGUAAAAAUAUGGAUCACUUCAGUGCUUUAAACUAAUGAGUAACUGAGAUCUAAUGGAUUCAUUUACAUUUCUGAAUAAUUACCUGGAUGACUUUUUUAUAUCAUUCACUGGAAUCCAGUUUAUUGUAAGAAACUACAAGACAUGUAAAUAUGGAAAAAAAUACAAUAAAAAUAUUAAAAGAUACUUUAAAAAUGUACAAACAUAACCUCUUAAAAUGAAACAGCUAGGGAGGAAUGUGCAAAAUAUAUAUUAGGACACUUAACUACUCAACUUUUGCGAAAUGACAGGAGACCUGGGGCAGUUAGUGAACAAACAUUAUUAAUAUUUAUCAGUCUAUAUAAUGAAUGAAUUGUCUGUUUUCAACCUUUUGUCAUUUGCUGUCCUCGCUCAUCUUUGACCAGAGGUAAAUCCAGUCGCAGUAGCCCUGCAUAGGUCAGGUAUAUGCAGAUUUGAGGACAUUCAGGGCAUCCUCCACUGGCACUUUUUUCAUGAACAAGUUGUAUUUUCAUGUUUUUUUAUGCAUCCUGCCAUAUAAUACACAUUCAAAGUAGGAAAUUUAUUCCCAGUGUGAAUCAUUUUAUUGUCAUUGUGAAUAAGAAAAUGGUUGGCGGGCCACCCAGCACCCUAUCAGCUGCAUUUCACUGUUCUGGGGUAUGUACAAAGAUUCACAGUAUUCAGAAUAAAAUAAUUAAGGGUAUAUGCAAUGUACAGAGAUUUAAACCCAAUGAUAUGCAUCUUGUGUAUUUCUUUCUGAUUUGCACUUGCCAAUGUCUGCAGUUUAUUACAUUAAAGCAAUGAUGUCAAAAA